UAGGUCCACAAGAAACGGGUGAUAAGUCAUAACCCAUAUCCGAAACCAUCGUGGAGGCAUUUCCAGUUACUCCUACGGAGAGACAGAGAAAGAGAGAGUUAGAUGAAGACUCAUUGUUGGGUUCGAGCUUCUGAUUCUGAUUUUACUGGGCCACUUCCCCAACCUCGAAGUGGCCACACAGCUGUGAACAUCGGGAAUUCGAAGGUUAUAUUUUUCGGCGGCCUAGUAGACAAGAAAUUCCUAAAUGACGUCACUGUUUAUGACAUUGACAACGAUUUGUGGUUUCAACCAGAGUGCACGGGCAGUGGUUCUGAUGGGAAUGUGGGCCCAAGUCCACGUGCUUUUCAUAUUGCUAUUUCAAUAGAUUGUCACAUGUUCAUAUUUGGUGGGAGGUCUGGUGCGAAGAGGUUAGGUGAUUUCUGGGUUCUGGAUACUGAUAUUUGGCAGUGGUCAGAACUUACCACAUUUGGCGACUUGCCUUCAUCUAGGGAUUUUGCAGCUGCUUCGGCUGUUGGAAACAGUAAAAUUGUAAUGUUUGGCGGCUGGGAUGGCAAAAAGUGGCUCUCAGAUGUCUAUGUCCUAGACACAAUUUCACUUGAGUGGAUGGAGCUGUCCAUUUCAGGGACAUUACCUCCACCGAGAUGUGGCCAUUCUGUUACAAUGAUUGAGAAGCGGUUACUCAUCUAUGGUGGCAGAGGUGGUGGGGGUCCAAUCAUGGGUGAUCUAUGGGCUUUAAAAGGACUCAUUAAAGAAGGAAAGGAAGAGAAUGAACCACCUGGAUGGACCCAAUUAAAGCUUCCAGGACAAGCCCCUUCACCCCGUUGUGGACACACCAUGGCUUCUGGAGGGCCUUAUCUUAUGUUAUUUGGAGGGCAUGGAACCGGUGGUUGGUUGAGCCGUUAUGAUAUUUAUUACAAUGACUGUGUUGUUCUAGACAGGGUGUCUGUGCAAUGGAAACACUUGUCUACUAGCAGUGAACCCCCAGCUGCUCGAGCAUAUCAUUCGAUGAACUGUGUUGGUUCUCGGUACCUUUUGUUCGGCGGCUUUGAUGGAAAAUCAACUUAUGGUGAUCUCUGGUGGCUUGUACCUGAAGAUGAUCCUAUUGCAAAGAGGUCUGGAGUAUCUUCUUCUGAUGUUGUUCCAGAAAGAGAUACAACCAUGGAAGAAAAGGAAAGCCAAAGAGAAGGAGAUGCAAUUGCAGAGUUGCAGAAACGAUUAGAAAUUACAGGUUUACUUUCUAACUCUAUGCACAUUGUCGAUGAAAUGGAAGACAAAGAACUUAUCCAACAGGCGUUAAGAGUUGGCGGUAAAGAGGCUGUCAGUAACAUGCAGGCUGUGCAGGCACUCCGAGACCACUGGAUGAGAUCUGGUCCUGAAUCCAUAACAUUGAAGGAGAUUACCCCAUUACUCCAUGAUUACCAACGCUUGAUUACCCGCCAUCAUAUAGAGAAGGCUGGAUCUAAUCUUGAGCUUGUGCUACUUGGUUUCGCUGGAAAAGGUGCAUCAUUUCGCUUCUACCACAUCAAAACUGCUUCUCAGCUGCGCUUGAACGACAUCCCGAAUCUAUUAGCAGAGUACAAAGAACUUCUCUCCUCUACAAAUAUAAGUUGACAGACUGACAGCUUUUUGCAAAUUCAGUUCCAUCUUUUUUUUUCCUAGAGAAGAUUUGCCUGAAAGAUUACCUAUAAAUCUAUACUACAAAGCUUCCAAUGCCUGUUUGGCUCUAUUCCAUUUUCAUGUUUGCUGUUCUCGAUUACAUCUGUUGUGAAUUGUAUCAAAUCUGUUGAAACUAUGGUGGUAAUUUUGGAUUGAACGCUUGUCUUCUGAUUGUGA